GGGAAUGUCUCCCCACAUUAGCACCGCCACCGGCCGCAGCACCCAUUCCUAACCGGCGGUCACCACCUCACAAAUCACCGUGAUACAUACAAACGGGGGUGAAGUGGGGAGUGGCCGAGUGGGGACCCAUCAUAUCCUCGCCGGGUGGUGGCGGCUCCACUGCCAACCUUGGCCCGAAAACGAUGCUGAAAGACAAAAAAUUUACGUUGUAAGCGAAGAAGCCUUGUGAAUCUCUUCGACUCACAACCAAUGAACUCCGUAGCAAUGGAGCUUCGCUCCCUGCAUUCGCCCGCUGUAACGACCAUACCCUCCUCCCUUUCCCCAUCUGCUUUCACUGAGAAACAUUUUUUGUGUGGCCAUGGCCGGGCCCUCAAAUUACCCUGUUCCGUGAAACACCCAGAUGCUGGAAAGCCCUUUCUUCUUCAAAUUAGAGGUCGGGCUUCAGGCCCUGCUAAAGUUAGCUCAGUGGCAGUUGAAUCCAUUCCCAACAAAGUUGAUAAAGAUGAGAAUCUUGUAUUUGUUGCUGGUGCUACUGGUAGAGUAGGCUCACGAACCGUAAGGGAGCUUUUAAAACUUGGAUUCCAAGUUAGAGCUGCUGUAAGGAGUGCUCAGAGAGCAAAAAGUCUCGUGCAAAGUGUGCAGGAAAUGAAGCUUGAUGUUGGUACUUCAGGUGAAGGAACUCCAUCUGUCGAGAGACUUGACAUUGUAGAAUGUGACUUAGAGAAACGAGAUCAGAUUGGACCGGCAUUAGGCACCGCAUCAGUGGUUAUAUGCUGCAUUGGUGCCAGCGAGAAGGAGGUAUUUGAUAUCACUGGACCAUAUCGGAUUGACUAUCUGGCUACCAAAAACCUCAUUGAUGCUGCAACUGUUGCAAAAGUUAGCCACUUUAUUUUGCUUACGUCAUUGGGAACAAACAAAAUUGGAUUUCCUGCUGCUAUUCUAAAUUUGUUUUGGGGAGUACUGAUUUGGAAAAGGAAGGCUGAAGAAGCACUGGUAGCCAGUGGCCUUCCUUAUUCUAUAGUCAGACCUGGAGGAAUGGAGCGGCCUACUGAUGCAUAUAAAGAAACUCAUAAUAUUACACUUUCAAAGGAAGACACUUUAUUUGGAGGCCAGGUGUCAAAUCUUCAGGUUGCAGAACUAAUGGCAUUUAUGGCAAAAAAUCGGAGGCUUUCAUACUGUAAAGUGGUGGAAGUUGUUGCUGAAUCCACUGUUCCAUUGACUCCAAUGGAGGAGCUACUUACUAGGAUACCAUCUCAGCGUGCUGAUAUUUAUUCUACAAAGGAAUCUGAUGCUGCUGGUUUGGCUGAUCCCACUCCUAAAAGUGUCAUCCCUGAGGCUCCAAGCACUCCCUUUGAGAAAAAACCUGUUCAAGCAAAAGCAGUAGCAUCAAUGCCACUCUCUCCUUACAUUGCUUACGAAGAUUUGAAGCCACCUACUUCUCCAAGCCCGACACCAAGUGGUCCUAAAGAACUAAACUUUAAUGCCUCGACACUUGUCAAAGGUGUAUCACCCUCUACUGGAGGCAAUGAUGUGGCAAAGAUCAAUGCUGCCAGAAUUGUAGAAGGGGGUCCUCCCCAAGAUUUAAAUUUUAAUCAUUCACCAUAUUAUGUGUAUGAUGACUUGAAACCCCCAACGUCACCAUCUCCUAAUGUACCGACUGUGACACUCCCUGCAACAGCUUCCAAUUUUGAGGCUGUCAUUCCAGGUAACAGCGCAGCUCAGUCUUUAAGAGUAGAUAAAGUUCCAGAUAAGCAGCAUCGUGCAGCCCUGAAACCAAAGCCACUUUCUCCUUUUACCAUGUAUGAGGACUUGAAGCCUCCAACAUCCCCAACCCCAAGGAAACCUUGAGAGAAGAGCUUUUCAUCAAUUCGAAGAAGGCAGUUGUCCGAUUCCUCGGCAUUCUUCUUUCAUUUCAGGUUGGCCCCUGCCACUGGAGGCCCCUUGAGGAAGUCAUUUACAUCAAGGUAGACACUGAGUCGAGAGAUUUACACUGCAUGUUUUUCCAAAAUUCAUGAAGAGGCUCGCACUCGAAAUAUUAACAGUUUUUUAACUUGUAGAUUUAAUGCUGUAAUAUCUUGACAUUAUCUGUUAUAUGCAUUUGCCCACUUUUGUUAUAUUCUCUCUAAUGAACUCCUCUCAUGCUGUAAUACCUCUCACUGUCAUAUACAUUAUUUUCUAAUGCAACAUGUUCUCUACCAGUUCCUGCCA